AUUCGCGGAGUGGCAUAUUUUUUUCUCAUUUUCUCUCGGCAUCAUGGCGACCCUGUGCAGCGCGUCGCGAUGGCUCUUAGUACGGCCGGCUUUUCGCGAUCUUCAGCUCAGCAGAGUGAACAGAACUGCAGCCGUUCAUAGGAAGUUCCACACUUCUCGUAAAAACGAGCAGAAGCUUGCCGGUAGCUACGAGGUGGUGGACCACACCUUCGAUGCCGUCGUGGUGGGAGCCGGUGGAGCGGGCCUCCGGGCAGCCUCGGGCCUUGUGGAGGCUGGCUUCAAGACUGCCUGCAUCACCAAGCUAUUCCCCACUCGCUCCCACACAGUCGCGGCACAGGGGGGCAUCAACGCUGCCCUGGGAAACAUGGAGCCCGAUGACUGGCGGUGGCACAUGUAUGACACGGUCAAGGGCUCUGAUUGGCUGGGUGACCAGGAUGCCAUCCACUACAUGACCAAGGAGGCUCCCUUUGCCGUACGAGAGCUGGAGAACUACGGCAUGCCAUUCAGCCGGACGCAGGAUGGCAAGAUCUACCAGCGGGCCUUUGGUGGCCAGUCAUACAACUUUGGCAAGGGCGGACAGGCCCACCGGUGCUGUGCCGUGGCUGACCGCACGGGCCACUCCCUCCUGCACACUCUGUACGGGCAGUCGCUGAGCUUCGACUGCAACUUCUUUGUGGAGUUCUUUGCCAUGGACCUACUGAUGGAGAACGGAGAGUGCCGAGGCGUGCUGGCGCUGUGCAUGGAGGACGGCACCCUCCACAGGUUCCGGUCCAAGAACACCGUCCUUGCCACUGGGGGCUACGGCCGCACAUUCUUCUCGUGCACGUCAGCGCACACGUGCACAGGCGACGGCAACGCCAUGGUGACCCGAGCAGGGCUGCCCCUGCAGGACAUGGAGUUCAUCCAGUUCCACCCAACGGGCAUCUAUGGCGCUGGCUGCCUCAUCACUGAGGGCUGUCGUGGUGAAGGCGGCUACGUCAUCAACAGCGAAGGAGAGCGCUUCAUGGAGCGAUACGCACCCAUUGCCAAGGACCUGGCCUCACGGGAUGUGGUCUCGCGGGCCAUGACCAUCGAGAUUCGAGAGGGCAGGGGCUGUGGGCCGGAGAAGGACCACGUGUACCUGCAGCUGCACCACCUACCUCCCGAACAGUUGGCAACGCGGCUACCGGGCAUCUCGGAGACGGCCAUGAUCUUUGCUGGCGUGGACGUCACGCGUGAGCCCAUCCCUGUGCUGCCCACUGUCCACUACAACAUGGGCGGUAUUCCCACCAACUACAAGGGCCAGGUUCUAACCCACGGGGAGAAGGUGGUGCCCGGCUUGUAUGCGGCAGGCGAAGCAGCGUGCGCCUCCGUGCAUGGUGCCAACCGCCUGGGUGCCAACUCGCUCCUGGACAUAGUGGUCUUUGGUCGUGCCUGUGCCCACACCAUUGCCAAGGAGUGCCGGCCGGGGGACAAGGUGCCUGACCUGCCUUCCAAUGCGGGCGAGCAGUCUGUUGCCAACCUGGACAAAGUCCGCAAUGCCAGCGGGUCCCUGCCAGUGUCCAAGAUCAGGCUGAACAUGCAGAAGACAAUGCAGCAGCAUGCGGCUGUGUUCAGGACUGGAGACAGCCUUCAGGAGGGCUGUCGCAAGAUGGACGUCGUCUACAAUGAGCUGAAGGACCUCAAGUUGAGCGACCGAGGCAUGGUGUGGAACACGGACCUGGUGGAAGGGCUGGAGCUGCAGAACCUGCUGCUGUGUGCCCGCCAGGCCAUCUACGCAGCUGAGGCACGCAAGGAGAGCCGCGGUGCACACGCCCGCGAGGACUUCAAGGAACGCGUGGAUGAGUUCAACUAUGCCAAGCCUCUGGAAGGCCAGCAGAAGCUUCCCCUGGAGAAGCACUGGCGGAAGCACACCCUUUCAGACAUGGACGUUGCGACGGGCAAGGUCAUGCUGAAUUACCGACCAGUCAUCGACGAAACCCUCGACCAGAAGGAGUGUAAGAUGGUGCCCCCUGCUGUCAGGGUCUACUGAGCCAUGCCAAGCUGCCCACUAAGUUAAAAGAAGCACCUCAUCUUAGCAAGGAAAGCGCACACACUCUCCCCUUUCACAGCUGCUCAUUUCUCGGAAAACCAGGACACAGCAACGAGGUUCACAAAUGUCUUUCAGUGCUUGUCACGCAAUCCUGCGAGGGAAGCGGGGCACCUGGACUCUCCCCGCAACUCCUUGUACAUAGAUCUGGUUGACGAGUCUCAACCUUGUUUUUCUGUUUGUUACCCGGUGGCUGUUAGUGCUUAGCUUUCUUUAGCCGAGUACAGUGCGAGGGCAGGACCGUUGUGCCGCCUCGCUCGUGACUGGACGUGCGGAACAAUGGAGAAAUAAAAGACACAAGAGCAAAGUGAAA